AGCUCCUCCUCUCCUCAUCCUCCAAAGCCUCUAAUCUGUCAGCAGUGAGCUCACUUUCCAAGUUCCAAGGCCAUUCUCAGCACACACUGACAACAUGCUGGGGACCCUGUGCACUCUCAUCACUGCUCUAACAUGUGUGAGUGCUGUGACGCUGGUGACACAGAAGCCUCCUGUUGUGACUCUGAGGAGAGGAGAGACAGCCACCAUGGACUGUAACUCUGCUCUAGAUGGACCUCGCUUUUACAAGCAGAUUCCAGGAGGUGUUCCUCAGUUUAUACUGAAUUAUUAUCACAGCUGGAGCUCUCCAAAGUAUGGCUCUGGUUUCUCCUCUCCGAAAUUCACAUGUACCCAUCAGUCAGGAUCUGAUUAUCGUUUCACCAUCAAUAACGUGGAGGAGAGAGACUCAGCAGUUUAUUACUGUCAGACAUGGGACAGCUCUGUCAAUGAGUACGUAUUCGGACAAGGCACCAAGCUGUUUGUGACGAGCUCCAGCCUCUCUCCUCCUGUCCUCACAGUCUUCCCUCCGUCCAGUGCUGAGCUCCAGUCCAACAAAGCCUCUCUGGUCUGUCUGUCCACUCAGUCUGUGCCUUUUGCAGAUGUGAGCUGGUCUGCUGCUGGGAGUCCAGUGAGCAGUGGGAUCUCUACCAGCACGGCCGUUCAGCAACCAGACCAGACUUUCCAAAUCAGCAGCUAUCUGUCCAUCCAGACGUCAGACUGGAACAUGGACAAGGUCUACACAUGUCGAGUGUCUUUGGGCUCCCAGACUUCAGAGAAAACCAUCAACAAGUCCCACUGUUCCACUGAAGACCAGUAGAGGAGCAGAGGGACCAUUUCUAAUCUGCUUCUUGACUCUUUGUCCAUCACCUCUCUGGGCGUGGGCUCUCUCCAGGUACUCUGGAUUCCUCCCACAGUCCAGACAUGCUCAUUAGGUCAAUUGGUGACUCUACAUUGCCAGUAGUUUCCAUCUGUCUUCAUGGAUAAAGGUAAAGUGCAUUUUCAUAAAAUGGUAUGUUGAGUACAAAAAAGGGUUACUUUUCUUAAACACAACAAAUCAAACAAGAGAAAUGUUUAAAGAGAUUCUUGUAAAGGUGGUUUAUCGACUUACUUUCUACAUGUGUUGGUGUCUCAUAUUCUGUGAAGUGUAAAAUCUUCUCUGCAUGAACACAAGACAUAAUGAAGAGGCUGCUGCUACAGAAAAUACAACACCA